UUCUUUUUUUUUUUCCUUCCAAACAGACACUCUCAACUUUCUUUUGUUCUUCAUUUUCCUUUCAAUCAUGUCUUGCUUCAUUAGCAAAUACGCCGAUGAGCUAGCUAAAAACGCUGCCUACAUCGGCACACCUGGGAAGGGAAUCCUUGCGGCUGAUGAAUCCACCGGCACAAUCGGCAAGCGUCUUGCAAGCAUUAAUGUAGAGAAUGUUGAAGAAAACAGGCGAGCUCUUCGUGAGCUCCUCUUCACUGCUCCCGGUGCUCUCCAGUUCAUCAGUGGUGUUAUAUUCUUCGAGGAAACACUAUACCAAAAAACUGCUUCUGGCAAGCUUUUUGUUGAUGUGUUGAAAGAAUCUGGUGUCCUCCCUGGCAUCAAGGUUGACACCGGCACCGUUGUGCUUAAUGGAACCAAUGACGAGACUUUCACCCAGGGUCUUGAUGGCCUUGCCCAGCGUUGCCAAAAGUACUACGAAGCUGGUGCUCGGUUUGCCAAAUGGCGUGCUGUACUUAAGAUCGGCACUAUUGAACCAACCGAGCUUGCAAUCCAAGAAAACGCCAAUGGCUUAGCCAUGUAUUCCGCCAUCUGCCAACAAUGUGGCUUAGUCCCCAUUGUCGAACCCGAAAUCCUUGUUGAUGGACCACACGACAUUAACAAGUGUGCUGCGGUAACCGAGCGUGUCCUCGCAGCUUGCUACAAAGCUCUAAACGACCACCAUGUGAUGCUCGAAGGUACAUUGUUGAAACCCAACAUGGUGACGCCCGGUUCCGAUUCCCCAAAAGUUGCACCCGAGGUUAUCGCCGAACACACGGUUCGUGCCUUACAACGAACCGUCCCACCUGCAGUCCCUGCAGUAGUGUUCUUAUCUGGUGGACAAAGUGAAGAAGAGGCUACCGUUAACCUCAAUGCCAUGAACAAGCUCAAGACCAAGAAACCAUGGUCACUGUCAUUCUCAUUUGGACGAGCUCUUCAACAGAGCACUCUCAAGGCCUGGGGUGGGAAAGCGGAGAAUGUGGCGAAGGCCCAAGAGGCUUUCCUCGUUAGGUGCAAGGCUAACUCCGAGGCAACUCUUGGUACCUAUAAAGGUGAUGCAAAGCUUGGUGAAGGUGCUGCUGAGAGCCUUCACGUUAAGGACUACAAAUACUGAGAAUUUGGGCCUCUGGUCUAAUGUGUCAUGUUUUGAAGACUAACUUUGGCAUUUAUAAUUAGGCUUUUAUUUCGUUUUUUUGGGUGUGGGGGGUUUUCUGUCGUUUCCCAUCGAAUUUUGGGGUGAAAUUAAACAAAUCUGCAUAGGAGCAUUUGUGCUCGUUAAAUGUGGACUCUUAAUUUUGUUAAAUUUAUAUUUACACUAAAUUUUGCUCUA